AGAGCGGUGUUUGGCGCGAAAACAAAACAGAUGUCACCGAAAGCAGACCGAUUGCAAGCGAAGUCCGGAUUCAGUGGAUAUUUUUAAAUAAUUUCGGGAUAUUUCCUGCAAAAUUCAUGUGGUUUUUAGUUUAGAAGUGAUCAGUGGAUAUUGCCCAACAUGUGUGACUCACCAAGUUCGGAACAACGAAGCAAACGGCGGAGGAUUGAUAAACAUGGUCGGUUCGCGGCGCUCGAAAAGCUGAGAAACGUAAAAGCGGCCGGCGGCAAGCACAAGUACGAAGUGGACGAAGUCAAAAAUGUGUACGACGAAGUGGACGAGAGCGAGUACGCGAAGAUUGUGAACGAAAGAGCCCGGGAGGAUUUCGUGGAUGACGAUGAUGGAUGCGGGUACGGAUACGUGGAAAACGGCCGUGAAGUGUUCGAUGAGGACGAGCUUGAAGACGAGGGCCCCAGCAGGAGUAAGAAGAAGGAUAAAGGCCAAAAGGGGAAGAAACGCACCAGAGAGGAAGUGACUCCGGCCACUGGGCGGAAGAGUCUGAAGAAUUUCUUCAACAAGGAACGAGAGGCAAAGGUCAAAAUUGCGGAUGAUGAUGCGCUGGCAGAUAUUUUGGGUGAGAUUAACUCUGAGAAGGACGGAGGACAAAAUGAGAGCACUUCCAAACAGUCCAAAGAAAUUCGUCCCAUGAAAAUGCCUACGAAGCCCAAACCCGUUGACAAAGACGAAGAAAUGCGGAAGUAUAUGGAAAACUUCAGUAAGAACAUCAAAAAGUCCGAGAAAGUCGAAGAAGCGGACAGCGACGAAGAGAUGUUGGACCGGGUAAUGAAGCAGAGUUCUUCUGGUCAUAAACAGCAAGCUAAGCCGAAGGCGCCGGUUUUACCAGUGUUUAUAGAACCCGCCAAGGUAGUUAGGGAAAUAUCUCCAGCAGAGCCUGUUAAGAAAGAUGAGGUAAAACGUGAGCCGAUAGCUGAGGAGGACACGGGGUUAUCAAACUUCGGUAAUGACUUUCUCGACGAUGAUUUUGAUUUAACGGGGGUGCAGGAGACUCAAGUGACACAGAAAUGUCCAAUGAGUCAGGUGAAGCACGAAGUGAAAGAGGAUGUCAAAGUCGAUUCAGAAAAACUGCUCAGCGGUUGGGGAAACAUUUGCGUAUCGGAACUGGAGGAAGAUAUGAUGACCGACAUGGACGCAUCCACCUCAGAAGGCCCCAGUUCUGCGGAUGGAGAUGAAACGGUGAGAUUCUGGUUCUGGGAUGCCUGGUCCGAUCCAUCCAAGCGUCAAGGAGAAAUCUACAUUUUUGGAAAAAUGGCCACAGGGAAUAAAGCAAACGAAUUCCAGUCGGUCUGUAUCCACGUGCAGAAUGUCGACCGGUGUAUGUACAUGUUGGCACGUGAGAAAGAAUACAAUCCUUCCAGUAAAACGACAACGGACAAGGAUGUCAGCAUGCUGGAUGUGUUCAACGAGUUCUGUAACGACAUAAGCACUAGCCUCAAAGUGACCAAGUACAGAACAAGGGUCGUUACGAAGAACUUUGCCUACACCAGCGGAAUGGCCAAUUUACAGAUCCCGGCUCAAAGCGAGUACCUGGAAGUGCGUUACAGUGCCAAGCUUCCUCCGCCAGAUACGGAGCGAAAGUAUCGAACCAUUUCACACAUUUUCGGAACCAACACGAAUGUUGUGGAGCAAUUUCUCCUGGAGCGCAAAGUCAAGGGUCCCUGCUGGAUGACAAUGAAGAACUUCAAAAAGAGCAACAGCCCUGCAAGUUACUGCAAAGUGGAAUACGAAGUUCCGGAAAUCAACUGCAUAAGUGUGGCACAGGAUGCGGCCACAAUUCCUCCUCCGCCCCUCGUAAUCUGUGCCAUCAACGUACGAAGCAUACUGAACAAAAGUACAAAUGAAAUUUCCAUGAUAUCCGUGUUGGUUCAUGAUCGAUUCCCGCUGAACAAGCCUCCACCGAAUCCGCCAUUCAAUAAGCAUUUUUGUGGGGCGGCACGUCCCGCCGGAACCAACUGGCCACACGACUUCAAUGCGCAAGACCCGAAGUUGAACACCAAAGUGACCAAAUGCGAAAACGAACGAACUCUGCUGAACUGGUUCCUCUCGUUGUAUGGUACGUUUGAUCCGGAUCUUGUCGUCACCCACGACGUCUAUGGAUUCCAGCUAGAACUGCUCUGUCAACGCAUGAUGGCCUUGAAAAUUCCCCAGUGGUCUCGUAUCUGUCGAUUAAAGAUGAAACUUCCUUCGAGCAAGCGGGUGGAUGAUUUUCUAGUGGGUCGAAUGAUUUGCGAUGUAAAGACCAGUGCCGAAGAGUUGAUCAAAUCGAGAAGCUACGAUCUGAACACCCUCUGCAUGGAGGUACUCAAAAUUCAGGAUGGCGAACGGAAGGACGUGCUGCUGGAUGACAUACCCGGAAUGUACGAAAACACAGCGGACCUGAAGCAACUGAUCGGACUGACCAUGCAGGAUAACUUCUACACGAUGAGGUUGAUGUGCGAACUGAAUGUACUGCCGUUGGCGCUGCAGAUUACCCAGAUUGCGGGCAACCUGAUGAAUCGAACCCUGCACGGUGGUCGUGCGGAGCGGAAUGAGUAUCUUUUACUUCACGCUUUCACCGAGAAGGACUUCAUAGUGCCGGAUAAGGCGCCAAGGGCUGGGCCAGGUUUCACUCAGGACGGACCAGAAUUAGCCACCGAGCGCCGUAAGCCGAAGAGCAAGGCGGCCUAUUCCGGAGGUUUGGUUUUGGAUCCAAUAAAAGGCUUCUACGAUAAAUUCAUCUUGCUGAUGGAUUUCAACUCUCUCUACCCGAGCAUCAUCCAAGAGUACAACAUCUGCUUCACAACGGUUCUUCCACCGCCGCCUUCAGAAGGUGGGGACGAUAGCGAAGAUGCCAAUCCCGUGAUCCUCGAAACCGACGAAAUGGGAAUUUUGCCGCGUCAGAUCCGAAAACUGGUCGAAAGUCGCCGAGCGGUCAAACAACUGAUGAAGGCAUCCGGGUUGGAACCGGAACUUAAGAUGCAGUACAACAUCCGACAGAUGGCUCUGAAAUUGACUGCCAAUUCCCUGUACGGAUGUUUGGGUUACACCAGGUCCAGAUUCUACGCCCAGCACAUGGCCGCUUUGAUUACGCAGAAGGGUCGAGAGAUUCUGAUGAACACCAAAAGCAUUGUGGAGAAGAUGAACUACCAGGUUAUCUACGGUGAUACGGACAGUAUCAUGAUUAACACCAACAGCAUCGACUACGACGAGGUGUUCAAGAUCGGUGCGAACAUCAAGCAGAUCGUCAAUAAGACAUACAAAUGUCUGGAGCUAGACGUGGACGGAAUCUACAAGUAUCUGCUGUUGCUGAAGAAGAAAAAGUACGCAGCCGUUUCGAUCGCGAAGGUUGGUGACGAGAUCAAGUGCACCCAGGAGUUGAAGGGUUUGGAUAUCGUUCGACGUGAUUGGUCCAAACUGGCGGUAAUUGCCGGUAACUUUGUCCUCAGCGAGAUCCUGUCGGACAAACCGAUGGACGAACGUAUCGAGAAUAUCCACACCAAACUGGAGAAGGUUCGGGAUGAUCUGUUGAACGGGGUGACGUACCCUUCGCUGCUGGAGAUCACCAAGCAACUUACACGAUCGUUGAAUGAGUACUCGGACACAGCUCAGCUGCCACACGUGACCGUGGCCAUGCGAAUGAACAAACAACGCAACCGUAACUUCAAACGGGGAGAUGUCGUCGGUUACAUAAUCUGCGAUGAUGGGACAUCUGCUGCUGCCAUGAAACGAGCCUACCACAUCGAUGAACUAAAAGAUCCAGCCAACAAGGACAAAUUGAAACCGGAUGUCGAAUAUUACCUAUCUCAGCAAGUUUUCCCAGUGGUGUUCCGUAUCUGUGAACCUCUGGAAGGAACGGACGCCUGUCGGUUGGCAAUGUGCUUGGGAUUGGAUCCCAAAAAGUUCCAGAGCCUGGGUAUGGCUCUGAAGGAUAACGAACGGAAUUACGUUGACGGUGAAGCGGUUCAGCAAACCAUUACCCAGAAAUAUCGACACUGCCAUUGGUUCGAGUUCACGUGCGUGGUGUGCAAAACGAAAAAUCCGGUAGCUAGCGGAUUUAAGCCAGACGGAGGGCGGUACAAGUCCGUGUUCGAGAAAUGUCGCAACGAGAGCUGCAAAGUGUUGCCUCAGCAGUACCGUCCAGCAAUCGUCAACCAACUGAUAGCAGCUAUUCGCGGCGAUAUAAAGCGGUUUUAUCGGCGCUGGAUGGUUUGCGACAAUCCAAUUUGCAGUCAGAACACCAGGCUCUACUCUCAGGUCGCCGCCAAGAACAAUCCAUACUGUCUGCACUGCCAGAUGGGUCUUCUGGUGCAGCAGUACUCGGAAUCGGAUCUGUAUAAGCAGCUCAACUACUACAGCUACAUGUUCGACUUGAGUCAUCACGAUGGCCGGGUUACGAAGCAGCUAUCGGUCGAGCUGCGAAACAUUUACACAGCGCUCAGUGCAACCGUUGAGCGGUUCCUAUCGCGCUCCAAGUACGCCAACAUCAAACUAUCCGACCUGUAUCUCAACUACGUCAUGAAUCCCAGUUCGCGGCAACCUAAGAUCUACCCCGUCAAAGAGUUGACCGAAACGAUGGCCAACGUGAAGAAAGCACCGCCGGCCAAGGGCACCGAACUGGUUCGGUGGCAGCAGUACCUUAAUUACCAAUGAGGAGUAAGUAAUGUUUGCCGAUGUAUUUUAUAUUCUACGAUUUAAGGGAUGAACUAUUAAAAUGUAAUUUACGACAACA